UAUGUGAACAAUGUGUUAGGCUGUGCGCGAUUUUUGCGGCUGCGCCUCGAGGUGAAUCAGUCCUGCAUUAGUCUAUAUGAGAGUCGCCCGCGCCUCCUUAGCCGGCAUAAGGAGAUAUUUAAAUUUAGAAUCCCUCUGCCCUUGGUUUGGGGUUCCUUUUUUUUUUUCGCAAGUCGCUCGACCAGACCAGUUUCAUGUGAUCAGUGGUUGCCGAAAUAACUAACUCGGAACGGGUUUGAAUUUGUAUCAAGAUGUCAAGAACACAUUAUACGGUAAACGACGACGUUUAUGGAAAAAUAUUGAAGACCAAUUCGGAUUUGAAACCGCAGACUGACUAUGCUGAGGUGUACGAAGCUUGCGAAGGAUUAGAUGCGCUGCUCGCAGACCUCCAGAACUCCAUCAACCCUGGCGCCCGCGUCGGCAGUCCAGUCGGCCGGACCAGUUCCCCUGGUGGCCGGACCGCGUCUCCUGGUCGAACCAGUUCCCCUGGCGGCAGGGGGGCCUCACCUGGCCGGCUCAGCUCGCCAGGCGGCAGUCUAAGCUCCCCCACAUCCACUGGCUACGGCUCUAUUAAUGGAUCGAGGAAUAUCAGCUCGGAUUACCACAAACCCAGCUCGCCUACGUAUCAAAACACAAGUUCAAUACACGAACGCACAGUGCCCGUGAAGUAUGGCGGCAGUCAAGCGAGCUAUGGUGGCCACACGCCCUCGUACAACACAGGACAGUCCGCCGGGUACGGCCGGACCACCGGCCGGGGUAACCUGACGGAGUUGGAUAUACUGCUGGACGAUUUGGGCAACGCAAGAUAUGGGAAUUACGCUGAUAAGAGCGCUUACAGUGAACGAUCUGUAACAGAUGGCUACGCAAGGACCAAUGGAGCGACUAGUCCUGCGUCCUCAAGGCCGACCGUGGACUCACUCCUCGACCAGCUCAGCACAGACGUGCCUAAUGGCCGUGCAUCAACAUCACCCGUUCCGCCAUCGUCCGGCACACUACCCCGGCCCGGCACCAAGCAGGUGACCGUCACGGUGCAAGAGACGGUGGUAGAGCCGGCGCUGCAGCCCCCGCCGGCGCCGGCGCCGGUCCCGGCGACGACUGUGGCGCGGCACCAUCACCACGCCUCCAGCGCCACGAAGGAGCUCGAUGACCUGAUGGCCUCGCUGUCGGACUUCAAGGUCAGCGGAACAGGAGGAGAGGGCGGAACCCACGUGUAUCGCGAGAAGCGCGCGUGGCAAGAACACUACCGCAGCAGCCCCAAGCAGCCCGAAUCCGCCUCUCUCGAGCAUAUGCUCGGAUCCCUCCGCGCAGACAUGAGCCGCCAAGGAGUCCAGACGCCCCAGAAGGGAUGCUGCAACGCCUGCGAGAAGCCCAUCGUCGGACAGGUGAUCACCGCGUUGGGUCGCACGUGGCACCCUGAGCACUUCACCUGUGCCCACUGCAACCAGGAGUUGGGCACGAGGAACUUCUUCGAGCGUGAUGGCCGGCCGUACUGCGAGCCGGAUUACCACAACCUGUUCUCGCCGCGAUGCGCCUACUGCAACGGGCCGAUCCUCGACAAAUGCGUGACAGCCCUGGAGAAGACUUGGCACACGGAGCACUUCUUCUGCGCCCAGUGUGGGCAGCAGUUUGGGGAAGAUGGUUUCCACGAGCGGGACGGCAAGCCCUACUGCCGUGCCGACUACUUCGACAUGUUCGCGCCCAAGUGUGGCGGCUGCAACAAGCCCAUCAUGGAGAACUAUAUCUCAGCGCUCAACACACAGUGGCACCCCGAUUGCUUCGUCUGUAAGGAGUGCCGCGAGCCCUUCCACGGCGGUUCGUUCUUCGAGCACGAAGGCCAGCCCUACUGCGAGACGCACUAUCACGGCAAGCGCGGCUCGCUUUGCGCCGGCUGCCACAAACCAAUCGCCGGCCGCUGCAUCACGGCCAUGUUCCGAAAGUUCCAUCCCGAGCACUUUGUGUGCGCCUUCUGUUUGAGGCAACUCAAUAAAGGCACCUUCAAGGAGCAGAACGAUAAGCCGUACUGCCAUAUGUGCUUUGACAAGCUGUUUGGGUAGAGGUUUGGUGAGAUAUAUCACGAUAUACGAGAACCUACGCUCGUAGACUGGUAACAUUCGUGACAGAAUCAAUUCUUCAGAAAAAAAA